UGACAUCAUAUAUGAGCAGCUGCCUCAUACAUGAUGUAAUAUAAAAUGCAUAAAUUUCAGUUUUUUUAUGGUUCAUAAUGAUUUUUAAUAAAUUCUUCUUUCAGGAGUGGGUGUGAAAUAAUUUGUAUGUUAAUACACUGAAGGUACAAUGAAACUCAUCUUUAUUUUUCUGUGAAAAUGACAUUUAAUUGAUUUUCUAAAAUUCAUGUUACCGCACAUAGGAAGUUGCUUGUAUACAUCACAAAUAACAAAAUUACAAACCUUCACCAAUAUUUUCUGUUAUUUUUACAUCAAACUUUUUGUCAGGGUGAACUUUCCCUUAAAAGCAUGUCUUUAGCUUUGGUAAAUCCCAUCAAAUGUGGCUCUGACUAUUACCAUAAAACAGUUAUUAUGGAGGAUAUAAAACGGUGUUUUGAAAGAUCAAUUUUGUGAUUUUACAUAAAAAUGUAUUUUUAUUUGGUCACUUGCAAUGAAAUAUCUACAUGGUUUAUUUGAUUUGAUAUAUAACCUAUUCCAAACCAUGGACUGGGCUAAAAUUUUCAGGAUGUAGGCUACACUUUGUCUGUCUUUUUAAUAAGCCUGAGUCGAAUCGAUUUUAAAAUCGGUUUUCGAUCGGUGUCAUCGAACGCCGGUGCAGAUUUGCAAAAUCGGUGCAUCAAAAAAAAAUACGUCGGCCGGCCGAUUCAUUUGGUUCACACAAUCAAACAUCAAAAUAAACAGUAAUAUCCAACUUGACUACUACUUACUUCAUUUAUAUUUCCCCCAAAAUGAAACCGAUUGUGUAAUUAUGAUGCCUAUUCACCAUUAAUUUGAAGUUUAUUUCAAUCAUAGUUCGAAUCUUACUCGUCUGCCCGGCUCGUCUGCCCGGCUUGUCUGCUCGUGCCGAAAUAAUUUAUGCACGAUGAAUUCAUGAAUGGAAGUUGCCAUUCAUCGUGCAUGCGCAGUACUGUGCUUUAAUCAAAUCAGAAAAUGGCUGGAAAAUUGAUGCGAUCAACGUAAAGUAAAUCUUGCUUUUCAUAAACAAUAUUAAUAUCAUGACCAUAGAACAUGAUUUAAUCGUAAUAUCUAACAAUAAUUUGCAUAUAAUAAUCAUUAAUAUGAAUUUAGAGCUCGAUGUGAAACGUUUGUAUUUCGUUUCAAUUGUCAAUGGCGGACAUCACAUGACUAUCGACUUGAGUGAGUGCACUUGUCUAAAAAAAUAAUUAUCACGUCAGGAUUGAUUAUCGAACAUUGUCAACAUGUAGAAACUCUUUUGAAGAUCGUAAUAUCACCAUAUGAUAAUAUUUUACAUGACAAAACAGAGAAAAAUUACGUUUGAUUUUUUUUUUCCAUCAAUUUGAAGCUUGUUUGUGUCCAACUUUGGGCUCUGAUUUCAUGAAUGGAAAAUAUGUCAGACGUCAUCGAACGCGCAUGCGCAUUGUGCUUCUUUUCUCGGAGCUCGGAGACGUCCAGAGAUAAAUAAAAAAUAAAAAUAAUGCCAGUAUAAUACUAUUAAUUCUUCCAUAUUAACAUAACAUACUUUGCUGACAUCGUCAAUAUUUUUAGUAUAGCCAUAAAAUCUUAUUAAAUCGUUAUUAUUUAACAUCCAAUAAUAAUUUAUAUGAAUUUAGAGCUCGAUCCGAGACAUUCGUAUUUAUUUCGAUCACAAGCUCUUGUGUAGAAAAAAAUGGAUUAUCAUUAUCAGGAUUAAGUCUCAAACAUCUUCAUAACUCAUAUUCCACAAUCUUUCCUCACAAUCGUUAUAUCAGCAUUGAAUACCAAUUCAAAUGACCAUCCAGAGAAAAUUACAUUUAUUCCCAUCAAUUUAUUUGGAGCUUAUUUUGGAUCCAACUACCCCGCCAACUACACAAUCUCAGGCAAGUUACAGCGCUCUCCCCGCUGUUUGCACUUGUUAGAUGGCUCUGGCAAGCACGCCUGUCGUUUCGGGAGAGUGAGUGUACGGGGCUAGCUGCGGACGGGGCUGGUGUGUGCGAGUUUGGACUGCGAAUGCUAGUUAACCGAAAAUCAUACGGAUCGACUCUGCGUGAUUCAUGUCUUUAAAAUUGUUUCAUUUUAAACUUAUAUGUUAUCAUCUGCAAAUAUCAUUGUUGAAGAUAUUUUGGGAAGAAUUCUGCAUUGCUCCCCGGCCUUUUUUGUGUUUUGUGAUCAUGGAAAAUACAAACGAACUUUGCUCUGUCAUUUGCUUUUGCAACGUUCACCCGGCGCGGUCAGCGCAGACCAUCAGUGCAUGCAUAGCGCAUGCAUCGACGGCCGGCCGGAGCAAAAAAAAGACUCGAUUUUCCUCGCCUUCAAAUUUCGAUGCAUCGAUGUUCGAUCGAAUUAAAGCUGUAGAACACCGGUUUUCAAAAUAAUCGAUAUGACUCAGGCUUACUUUUUAAUACACGAUCUCUAAAUUUGUAAGAUAAACACUUGAAUGACCCUUUAAAACGAAAACAAAAUUAUUGCCAAUAGAGGGCACUAGACAUGUUUAAUUUGAAUAUUUACAUUUUAAAAGAGAAUCUACAGUUUUUAAGAUGGGAAUGUAAGAUGACACUCAAGUAUAGUUCACAUUAUUGAGCCUUCACCAAAGCUAAAGACAUGAUUUAAAGCCUUUCUAAAGUUUUGACAAAGAGUCGUUAAUGUGAAUAAAUCUGGAGUACUAUAUCACAUUCCAUAUUACAAAUGUAUAGCACUUGGUCAAUGGAUUUUUUUUCAGGAAUCAAAUUUAGCAGUUUUUCAGCUACAAAUUCAUAUUUGGCAUUUAGCGCCCUCUCUGUGUAAAGUUUUUUUUUUUUUUUCAUUAAAAAAAUAGCACUUUGCACAGUUCCCACAGAAAUUUGAAAACAUAAUUCCAUGACUUUUCCAUGACUAAAUUGCUGCUUUCCAUGACUUCCUGUGAUGUCCCAGAGUUAUAUAAAAUUUGGGAUGUCACAAAGCUGGGAAAAUGGAAAUCAUGAAUACCAAUUAUAAUAGCAGAGUAUGAGAGUUGCGCGACAGGACAAACUGGAAAGCUGCCAUAGCCAAGAAAUAAAUGCAAUUAUUCGCUUAUUCGAAUAAUCUUUAUUCCAUGACUUUUUACAAAUUUUCCAAAUUCCCUGACUUCCCACAACCACAAAGUUUUCCAGGAUUUUGCAGGAUUUUCCAUGACUGUGGGAACCCUGCCUUUGAUUACUUACCUAAUAAAUAUAGACAAGUAUUAUACCCUGUCAGGUACUUUUCAAAGCAAUAUUAAUACACUGUCUGUCAAAGUUCGCCAAUACGUGGGUUUAAUUAGGACACUAGUAUCGGAAUGCGAUGCGUCCAUGCGUAUAAUGAUUCGCUGUCGCUACGUUAGGGUUGAGAGUUUUUCGCGCCACGUUGGCAGAAUGCUAAAAGCCGUGUACAGGAAAGGCCGUAUACGUGUGUGUGCAGGGCAAGUGAGACCAGGGCGUGGUGUAGUGGGAAGUGAGGUGAAAAGGCUAUGGAGAUUUCUUGUCAGAAUGCAAUGUUUUCCAGUUUAUUAGCCGUCAGAACCAAGUCCCUACAAGGACCACGCCAACGCUGUUCUGCGGGGUUUCUACUACACUUUUGUUUUGACGAGAUAAACGUAAGUUGAACUGGCUUAUCAUUCAACCUAUAUUAAUUACAUGCAAUUGCUGUUGAAAGGUUGGAAGCAUUUAAAUAUUGUACCCUGAAAUUUAACUUAAAUGCUCAUUUGUUCUAUAUACAUGUCAGGAUUUUCGACAAGUUAUCACUAUAGUUAUUUUUGUCCAAAGGUGACGAAUAAGUUUUACUACUGAAUUGUAAAUGCGACGUAUGAAAAAUAAUAAUUACUACUGUCACAAAAAAGAAAACAAGACAUGAAAUAUUCAGUUUUCUAUGUAUCCCUUGAUUGGGUAUAAAGUAUGUAUACAACAUUUAUUGUGAUUUGUGUCGUUGAUUUUUUUUUUGGAGAAAAAAAAAAAACAAUUCUAUAAGUAUUUUUGUUUUCUUAUUUUAUAUUUCCUUAACUGAGAGAUAAAUAGAAUAUAGAAUAUUAUGUAAAAGAAGAACUAAUAGAAACAGUAAUUCCCAUUUCCACAGUCUCACACCUUGGUAAGCCUGUGAUACCAGGCCGCCAUUUGUGGAACCAGUUUUGUCUGCAGGAUAAAUGACUGGAGGAAAUCUUCCUCGGCACUGCGAUUGAGGAAUUCGACCAUCACUUGAAGACGUCGUAUUAUAUAGCCCACGAUAAGCUGACAAGAUCGACGUCAUGCCAACGGCAGAAAAAAAUGAUAUUAAAUCAUCCACAGACUGCUACCUGUAUGUAUUCAUCGCGAAUGUGACUCUUUAAUACUGCUGUUAGUUUAUCAAGAAAAUGCAUUCAUACUUCAAAACAAUUGUAUUAUAUAUAUUCUUUUCUAUGCAAAUUAAUUGCAACGAAUUCCAAAUGUUUGAAUCAUUGUACUCUUUUUUAAACCAAAUCUUGUUUACAGGUGAACCUUACGGUUGUAUGGAACUAUUGUGAAUUAUCGAGAUUUGUUUGUUUGUUGUGAUCAAAUUCACCAGGUAUAAUCUAUUAUUUCUUCAAAGAGUAAUAAAGAUGGUAAUUGGUUUUACCUAGUUUAUAACCAUCAAACAACUCUACAGACUUAUUUAAUACCUGUUUGUAUUUCCCGAGACUAGUGGUGACAAUUUGGCGACCACGAAGGGACCUCUAUUUUUUCAAAUUAUAUGUCAACCACUGGUAGUGAUUUUAUUUUUGGUGAUACAACUUGUUAGAUAUUCAUUAGUAUAAGACGUUUGCUUUGAUAUACAUGAACGUUUGGUAUGUGGUAUAAUAAAACAAUGUUUUGAAAUUUUCUUGGUAUAGGACAUGUAAGUAGUGGAUCGGUAGAGAGUGCAGAGCUGGCGAAAACUUGGUUCGAGUGGCGGCUUGGUUCAAGAACGGCGGUAAGUGUAAAUCUUAAUUAUUAGGCUAGUUUAGAUUUCAAAAUGGAAGUCGAAAAACUCGCUAGCAUCGGGGAAUCUCUUGGCCUGAGAGGUACGGAGUUACGAUCUUUUAUAGAAGGAGAGCAAAAUCGGGCACGAGAAGAGCGCAUGCUCGAUCGUGAGAGAGUGAAGGAAGAACAAGAGUUGGUUAGGUUGCAAGUGGAGCUAGAGCGUUCGAGAGGUGAGAGAAGCGAGGAAACACUGAAUGAAAGUAGAGUGCAUGUACGAGCACCAAAAUUGCCUACAUUCAGCGAGGAUAGGGAUAAUCUCGAUACGUAUCUUAGCAGAUUUGAGCGAUACGCAUCGGCGCAAUCCUGGCCACAGGCGUCAUGGGCUACUAAUCUGAGCGCGCUUUUGACAGGCAAGGCAUUAGACACGUAUAGUAGACUGAGCGAUACUGAAGCGUUAGAUUACGAUACCCUAAAGAGGGCGCUCUUGAAGAGAUAUGACAUUACUAGUGAAGAGUAUAGGAAAAAAUUGCGAUCAGCAAGGCCGGACUCCGGAGAAAGUGCGAGCCAAUUUGUUUAUCGAAUGAGAGUUUAUCUCAAGAAAUGGUUAAUACUAGGUGGAUAUCAGGAAAAUUUAGAUAAUAUGAAGGAAUUAGUUCUCAUAGAACAGUUUUAUGAUAGUUGUUCAAGAGAAAUGGCGAUGUUCAUAAGAGAGCGCAAACCUCGUAGCUUGGAUGAGCUUUCAGAGAUAGCGGAUCGCUUUAUAGAAGCUCGGGGUGGGUGGCGUUUGACCAAUGUAAGUCACAAACCUCGAACUGAGAACUCACGUCCUGACUUUCGUUCUAAGAUAACAGGUACACCAGAGGCGAGGAAGCAGCCGCCGUCCCAGGACAAACAGACCAACCGACCAAGGCGAGAGGGAUGUUACGUCUGUGGUAGCAAAGGACAUUUCGCUCGGAACUGCAAUGAGAAGAGACAGGGAAGGCUAGCUGCGGGCAUGGUAGAGUUGGCAGAACCACAAGGGUCAUCGGGACGCGGCUACGCUGGUCUGGGACCACAGCCCCUGAUGUCGUCGUAUGGGACGGCCGAGAUGCAGACUAGGACAGAGGUAGAGAGAGGGGAUCACCACACUGAGGAGAGUAACUUCACUCUUGAUAUAGGUGAGGCAGCAUGUCUGUUAAUUGAUUCAUGUAUCCCGUGCCUUGAAGCAGGCAGGGCAAACCGGUCUCAGGAGCAAGAUUUACCGGUAGUGAGUGUGGCAUGUGAGGCAAAGUCUGUGCGUUCAAUGCCAGUUGUCCGAGGUCUUGUUAAUGGAGUUUUAGUGGAAACCCUCCGAGAUAGUGGAAGCACAGCUGCCCUGGUAAAAGAGAAGUUAGUAAAACCUGGUCAAAUGACGGGGAAACAGCGACUGUGCCUAUUGAUUGAUAGGACGGUUAGGAGAUUCCCACUGGCGCGUAUACAUGUAGAUACCCCCUACUUUACUGGGGAAUUGGAAGUUCUGUGUGUUAGUAAUCCAAUUUACCCUUUGAUUUUAGGCAACUUAGAUGGAGUCAGAAAUGCUAGCGAUCCUGACUUAGAUUGGAAACCACCAGAGCAAGGGACCAUAUCUUAUGCAUUGGCAGCAGAGACCAGACAACAAGCCAGAGAGAGAUGGAAACCUAUAAAAGGAUUGAAAGUACCUGGACAGUUGACCGAGGUAACUCCAGAUGGAUUUAGGAAAGCACAGGAAGCUGACAAGACACUGGAUAAGAUUAGACAACGGGUUGCGGCUGAAGAGGUCAAGGUAAGCCGUAAUGGGAAUAAGUCUUCGUUCAAGAUGUUGAAUGGUGUGCUCUACCGUGAAUUUCAAGACUCAAGGGCAGCAGCCGACGUCAAUACUCAGUUAAUAGUUCCGCAGCCAUUAAGGAAGCAGGUUCUAAAGCUGGCCCAUGAGUCAGUCAUGGGUGGACACUUAGGAGCGAGCAAGACGGGUGACCGGAUCUUAGCAAAUUUCUUCUGGCCGGGGAUGCACCAUGAUGUAAAGUUGUUCUGCAGGUCAUGUGAUUCUUGCCAGCGUUCUUUUCCCAAAGGGAAGGUGACAAAGGUGCCCCUCGGCUCAACACCGCUAAUCGAUGAGCCGUUUCAUCGCGUCGCAGUAGACAUAGUUGGCCCGAUUGCUCCAAUCUCGUCGAAAGGAAAUCGAUAUAUCCUCACCCUCGUAGAUUAUGCGACGCGGUAUCCGGAGGCAGUGCCCCUUAGGAAUAUUGAUACAUCCAGUGUAGCGGAGGCACUGUUGAGUAUAUUUUCACGAGUGGGCUUUCCGAAAGAAAUGCUCACGGACAGGGGUUCACAGUUCACCUCCGGUGUCAUGAAGGAGGUGUCUCGUCUACUGUCUUUAAGGCAUAUCAUGACUACCCCCUACCAUCCUCAAUGUAAUGGUCUCGUGGAGAAGUUCAAUGGUACACUGAAGAGGAUGCUAGUGAAGAUGUGCGAAGAACGCCCCAAAGACUGGGACCGGUACAUUGAUUCUUUGCUGUUUGCAUACCGGGAGACACCCCAAUCUAGCACCGGCUUCGCACCUUUUGAGCUCUUAUACGGACGGGUGGUCAGGGGACCACUGUUGAUACUACGUGAGUUAUGGACAAAGGACUUUGAUCAUCCUGAAACCAAGAGCACCUACCAAUUCGUUUUGGAUCUAAAGGAGAAGAUGGAAAAGACCUGCGAGAUUGCUCAACGAGAACUACACAAAUCGCAUGAGAAAUACAGGAAGAGCUACAAUAGAAAAGCAAAGAAACGCUCAUUUAAAGUAGGUGAUGAGGUAUUGGUUCUUCUUCCGACUGACCAUAACAAACUUCUCAUGCACUGGAAGGGUCCAUUCCGCAUUGUCCAGACCCACGGACCUUUUGAUUACAGAGUUGAUUUGGGUAAGAGAGUGGCAACCCUCCAUGCCAACCUCCUCAAGCAGUAUCUACGACGUGAAGCUGAGGAACCAGAGCAGACGAAUGCGGCUGUGGUGGACUUGGUUGCGACCUCAGUUAUUGAGGACGAGGAUGACUCAGAGGUUGGUGGGAACAACAAUGGUAAAGGUACUGGCAAGAUUAUAUCAUCGCCUAGCCCUCUACUACCCCUUCCCAGUUUGCACAGAACGCAAACAUACUCAGAUGUUCAAGUAUCUAAGGAACUUUCUGAUGUGCAGCACAGACAAGUGUCCUCCCUUCUUCGAGAAUUCGAUGACAUACUCACUGAUGUCCCAAGUCUUAGUACAGCUGGACAUCAUGACAUCCAGCUCAUCCAUGACGUGCCAGUGAAAAGCCGACCUUAUCCAUUGCCUCAUGCUAAAAGGCAAACCGUCAAAGAUGAGAUAAGGGAGAUGUUGGCUCUCGGAGUGAUUGAACCAUCCUGCUCUCCUUACGCUUCUCCAAUCGUCUUGAUAAGCAAAAAGGAUGGUAGUGUUAGGUUUUGUUGCGAUUUUAGGAAAAUAAACGCCAUCACUGUCCCAGAUGCAGAGCCGAUACCGGACCAAGAGGAAAUAUUCGCCAAACUCGCAAAUGACAACUUCUUUACCAAGGUCGAUCUUACAAAGGGGUAUUGGCAAGUGCCGCUAACGGAGCAGGCAAAGCCAAUAACUGCCUUUGUAACCCCCGAUGGACUUUAUCAGUUUACGUCCAUGCCAUUCGGGUUGAUGAAUGCACCCGCCAGCUUCAGUCGCUUGAUGAGAACAGUCCUCAGGGGUCUUGAAUUUGUCGACAAUUUCAUUGACGACAUCCUCGUGCACACACCUACCUGGGAUCAACACAUAGAAGCUCUGCGAUCUCUGAUGGUAAGACUGAGGGAGUCGAACCUCAAGGCAAAACCAAAGAAGUGUUUUGUUGGAUUUGCAAAAGUCGACUUCUUAGGACACCAGCUGAGUAGAGGGUAUCUCAGACCACUCCACAACAAAGUAGAAGACAUUCAGACGGCUCCAAGGCCAACUACGAAGAAAGAGCUACGGUCGUUUUUGGGAUUAGCCGGCUACUACAGGAAGUUUGUUCCCCACUUCGCUACAACUGCUGUCCCUCUAACUGACCUGCUGAAGAAGGGGAAACCAAACAUGCUUGACUGGGACGAGGUACAUGAGAACGCGUUCACCAGUCUGAAGGUGAUGUUGACCAAAGAACCCAUUCUUCACUUGCCUGAUGUGAACAGACAGUUCAUCUUGAGGACCGAUGCAUCAAACAAAGGAGUCGGGGCAGUUCUCCUACAAGAAUUUGACGGAGAGAAGUUCCCGAUAGCAUAUGCUAGUAAGAAGUUACUAGUUCGGGAACAAGCCUAUUCGACAAUCGAGAAAGAAUGUCUUGCGGUUGUUUGGGCUGUGCUUAAAUUCGAGACCUUUCUCUUUGGUAGAGAAUUCAUACUCGAAGUCGACCACCAGCCCUUGUUGGCAAUUCAGAAAUCUAAAGUAGCUAAUGGGCGAAUCCUUCGUUGGGCGUUGGCUCUCCAACAGUACAAGUUCAGAGUCGAAGCCAUCAAGGGGCAAGAAAAUGUUGGCGCAGACUAUCUGAGUAGGGUGUAGGAUGCAGAGUCUCAAUAUCAGACACUA